AAAAUUUUGAUGAAAAAUAUUCUGAAACGGAAUGUGAUUCAACAGCUAGUAGCUCAGCUCUUAGCAUCGUAAAUAGCCCAGAUAUUGAAGAGUUGAGUCCAACUCAACGAAUAUGUUCAUUAGUAUCAAAAAAUACUUUUCUUUUACAUCCUCACAAAAAUGCAAAACCUUUAAUACUUCCUGGUCAAAUACAAUUGACACCGUUACACAAAUCUAUGCCAUCACCGAUAUUUAUACAAUCCAAUCAAUGUGAAUCACGGGAAAUAUUACCAAAAGUCGAUUCGAAGUCUAAUAUAUCACAAGAAUAUAUACAAUAUGAACGUGAACGUAGAAGAAAUUACGCAAGAUUAUUGCGUGAGAAAAAACGUGCUCGAGUAAAAGAACUUGAAGAUAGAGCUGCUUUUCUAGAAAUUGAAAAUAAACGUCUUCGUAAAAAUCUCGAAAUAUAUCAUGCAAGAUUGGCUUACGCGGGUAUAAUCUUAACUCCAUCUGAUAGUGAUAUACAAUUUAGUAACUUGAAUAUAUAUAAUUCAAUGAACAACUUUGUCCCUUAUGUGAAUACAGCUCCUAAUUUGGAAAAUCAGAUCACCCCUGAAGAAAUAUUAAAUAUGCCAAUGGGUUUUAAUGACUUCUGUAGUGGUAAUUCUAUAUACUCUAUUAAUGCUGGGAAUGAGGGUCACUUAACAACAUUGAAAUACACUUGA